AAAGAGCAACAGUGAUCACGAGAAGUUGACGCAAUGGAGAAAAAGGAAGAAAAGUACGAUAUAAGGGAGUUUCGUGAAACCACAGGAUAUCGCAUAGGAUGUAUUAAGCCUUGUUUCGAUCGUCUUUCCCGAAAGAUUCAAUGGCGUGGCGGCGAAAGAGUUCUGGACAUCGGUUGUGGUCCUGGAGACAUCACGAGAUCCUGCAUUCUUCCUUUGCUUCCACAGAACUUUGAGAAGCUCGUGUGCGCGGACAUUUCACCAGAAAUGCUCGAAAUUUGCAAAUCUGAGUUCAUUGAAAAUGAGAAAGUAGAAUUCUUGCAAAUGGACAUCUUAAAGACUCCCGAAAAAUCCCUAAAAGGCAGUUUUGAUAGAAUUUUCUCGACAUACUGCUUCAUGUACAUUUCCGAUCAAAAGACGGCUUUGAAGAACAUCUUUGACCUUCUGGCGCCUGGAGGAGAUUGUUGGAUCAACCAAUUGGCUGUUGUUUCAGGUGUCCAACCACUUUUCCAACUCGCCGAAUCGCCCAAAUGGAAGAACAAAUUGCAAGGAUUAAGAAACGUGCAUGUUUACCCUUUUAAUGAAGAUCCAAAUCCAAUUGCAACAGGUGAAAAAUACAUGAAAUCCAUCGGGUUUACGAAUAUUUCAGUGACUAUUGAGGAAUCCUUUCACCAAAUGGAAUCAGAGAAACGCUAUGAAAUGUUUCUUGAAGGUCUUCCUAAUCCGUCAAAGAACUUCAAUGAAGAAGACAGAAAAGCAUUAAUGAGGGAUCAAAUUGAGAUUGCAAAGUCGCUGAAUCUCUUUAAAGAAGAAUUCAAAUUUAAACCCAUGCGAGAGCCUCAUCAGUUUCUUGUGUUUUAUGGACGCAAAUUGCAAUGACACAUUUUAAAAGUUGUGAACUAGGAAGUAAGUUUAGAUGAAUAUUCUCGAGAUCAGAGGUUUCAUUACAAAACUGAUAACGUACAUUAUGUGUUUGUAGUAAUCAUUAGUAAAAUAUCUUCAAUAAAAAAAGAAUUACGUCUACAUAAACCCAAAAAAUAGUGCUGAUAAAAAUGUUGAAGUAUACAUAAAUUUUCGUCUGCCUCUCAGAUUGAAAGUACGAGUGAUCGCGAAUAGUUGUAGAAAUGGAAAAGACACAAGAUAGAAUUGAGUACAAUAUUAAAAAGUUAUGUGCAACAA